AUGUUGCACACCUGGGUGGCAGUAAAUACGCUUUAUCUGCUUGACUCCAACGAGUCAUGGCAGCUCCUCUUGAGAGCAGGUGUAGACCACCUGAUCCUUCAUCGAGAUAUCACCUCCUUCACUCCUACACCCCGCACAGAGCAGCAUAUCUUCCCUAACCCUCCAUCAGGUCCUCCCUCAGCUCCCUGCAAUGACUACCUACGAAGAGCCGCAGACCAGUCAUCACCUACCUUGACUCCUACCAUCCGCGCGCGAGAAAACCUAAACUACCCUCAUUUUUGGAGGCCUGUCUUGGUGCGUUGGACACUAUUUGCAGCUCCACGAGCACCUCCUCUUUUCAAUAAUGGACCACUUGCCAGUGGUUUAUGCGGUCCCAUCGGCUCAGAACGCUACCUGGCAUGGUACGAAGCUAUAUCUUGGAAGUGCGAGGACAAAGACCUGUCGCUACCGCCACUAUGGACACCAACCACUAAGACUCGCGGAAAGACUUUCCCCCCUUACUGGAAGGAAGCCGAAUCAGCGACAAACCUUGGCGUGACCGUUACCAGGGUAAGUCUACCAGACAACGGCGUUCUACACGCUGUGAUGGACGGCUACAAGAAACGCGGCGUCGAAUGGUCUAAGGACCUUAACUCCAAGGGCGUCAUGGAAUGGACCCGCAAACCCCGUGGCUCGCCAGUGACAAUCCGCCGCAAGGGCAUCAAAUGGGUUCCUGUGUUUGGAAGAUAUUUUGCACUGACAGGUCGGAAUCCCACCACUAACAAAAGCUACGCCGAUUCCUGGCUGUUCAACUGGAAGGCAGAAGCAUACUCCGACGCUGAGCAUUCAGACAUCCAUUUCUGGCUUGGCCUGGUUAUGCCGGACAGCGAUAGUAUACGGGAGGGACGGGGUAUAUAUUUCGUUACAACUGAGAUUGCUGAACUUGUGGCCCUUCGACGGAGGGUCUCCUGCAGGAAUUAG